AAGUCACUUGUCGUCCGAUCCGAUUCAUAUAUUAAAUCAGUGUCGCGAGUUGAGUGUUCUGUGCUGGGAUUGUGUUUUUCUAUGAACGCAAUUCAGUGAAAGGAAUUUAAAUCAAAUUUCAACUGUGAUCAAGGCUAACCCAAAGGGGGCCAAAACAGUGAAAAGGAUGGCGGUUCCUAUACAAAUUCGUGGAUUCCUGUUAUUUUUGCUACUUGUGGCUACAGCUAGCUCCGAUGGUAGCUGCAAAACCGGAUGUCCUCGAGCCGACAAUGGAUUGUUAAAGUAUAAGCCGGGUAAUUUUUAUGAGUACAACUUUGAGAGCAUUUUAACGGUCGGAUUGAGUCCGAGCGGUGCCGCUGAGGCGGAUGAUACGAGCUUGAAAGUAACUGGUACAGCAAAGAUCUAUGCUAGUGGAAAUUGUGGCUACACCUUGCAGGUGGGCACCGUUAAGGUGGUAAACACAAAGGAGUCUGUGGAACGCAAGAUCUUAAAUAAUAUUCAAAAGCCAGUGCAGUUCACCUUAGCCAAUGGCCAACUGGAACCACAAAUCUGUGCCGAUGCCGAUGAAACAAGUUAUUCGCUAAACAUCAAGCGUGCGAUUAUCUCAUUGCUGCAGACCCAAACAGGUGCUGUGACUGAAAUCGACGUGUUUGGCUCGUGCCCAACCCAUAGCUCAACCGCGAAAUCUGGCAAUGGUGAGAUCCUGACAAAGGUGCGAGACCUUAACAACUGUGCGCAUCGUGAGCAAAUAAAUAGCGGUCUGCUAACGGGCAUCCUGAAUGAGAAGGCAGGUGUCACGAGCAGUGCAAUCUUUCAGUCCGACUACAGCAAAGAGUUGAAACUCGAGCGUGGAAUUGUGGAAAAUGUUCAACAGAAUGAAGUCUAUAAGUUUGCUGCCAGCACAAAGGGCAGCUCCGAUGUUACGGCAAAGGUAGUGACGACGCUCAAGCUGAAGAACCCAGCCGGACAAGCAGGUGCAGCCCCACCUGUGGCGGUCGCAGCGAAACCCGUUAGCAUUAUUUUCGAAAAAAGCGAUGUGUACGCUACGAAAAAUCUGCCUGCUCUUAAGGCCGUUGUGAAUGAACUUGUCGACUUGACGGCGGACUAUGUGAAGAAAGAUACAGCCAAGAAGUUUGUUGAGCUCAUACGGCUGAUGCGCCACUCCCACGUGGACACGUUGCUUGAAUUGUCGACGUCACCGCACCCGAAGAAGGCCUUGGCACGGAAAGUUUACCUGGACGCGCUGUUCCGCACAAAUACAGCUGAGUCCGCUAAAGCCAUAUUGAAGCAAUUGCCUAAGUUUGAAGAGAAGGAAAAGCUCUUGGCCAUUUUCUCACUGAAUCUAAUCGAAACGGUCGACAAGGAAACCUUGCAUCAAGCAUCUCAGCAGCUUCUGCCAACUGCGCCAAAAGAAAUUUAUUUGGCUGUCGGCCAUUUGGUUGGUAAAUUCUGCAAAGAAAAUCAGUGUGAAUCGAAUGAGAUUGAGCAGGUGUCUAAGAGGUUUAUCGAUGGACUGAAACACUGCAAGCCGAAUACCAAAAAGGAAGAGGAACGCAUUGUCUACGUACUGAAAGGCAUUGGCAAUGCCCAGACUUUGGUCAACAACGUGGCAGCGGCAUUAAGUGAAUGCAUUACACCUGGUCGUAGCAAUCGCAUACGAGUCGCAGCUCUGCAAGCCUUUUCAGCUGUUAACUGCAAGCAGGACUUGAGUUCAAAGGCACUGAAGUUGCUUAAGGAUACGAACGAAGAUUCUGAACUGCGCAUUGAGGCCUACUUGGCUGCCAUCAAAUGUCCAAGUGUUGAGUUGGCCAAGGAGAUCUCGGACAUUGUUAACGCCGAGCCAGUGCAUCAAGUUGGAAGCUUUAUAGAAUCCAAUUUGAGAGUAAUUCGUGAUUCGACAGAUCCGACGCGGGAACAUCAAAAAUACUAUUUCGAAAAUAUUCAAGUGACAAAGCAAUUCCCCAAAGACUAUCGUCGUUUUAGCUUCAACAACGAGUUCUCCUAUCGCCUGGAUGCGUUGGGCUUGAGUGGCAGCUCCGAUUAUAAGCUGAUAUACUCACAAAAUGGUUUCUUGCCACGUUCUGCGCGUCUCAAUUUGACAGCCGAGAUAUUGGGCAACAAUUUCAAUAUAUUCGAAGCGAAUCUCCGACAAGAGAAUCUCGAAAGCCUACUCGAAUAUUAUGUGGGCCCCAAGGGCUUGUUGAACAAAGAUUUCGAUGAGAUUGUUAAAUUGAUCGAAGUUGGCAACUCUGGGAACCCUGGUCAUCCCACUGGUCGAGGUCGUCGUUCGCUCGUUGACGACGUUGCCAAGAUUGGCAAGAAAUAUAAGACCUAUGGCAGUCAGAAGUCCAUCCAAGACUUGAAUCUAGAUUUAUCGAUCAAACUAUUUGGCUCAGAAUUGGCAUUUUUGAGCUUGGGCGACAAUAUACCAACAACCUUGGACGAUAUCAUCAAACACUUCUCAGAGGCAUUCGACAAGGCCAAAAAAGAACUGACCUCGUUUGAGAAACAAUAUGCAAGCCAUCAAUUGUUUUUGGACAGCCAACUCAGCUAUCCGACUGGUGUGGGUAUACCUUUGGAGCUAGGCGCUCAAGGCUUUGCGGCAAACAAAGUCGAUUUCGCUGUCAACAUCGAUGUGAAUGCGAUUCUGGAACAGAAUUGGCAGCGUGCCAAAUAUCGUUUAAAGUUUGUGCCCAGCAUUGACGUCAAUGUUAACAUACAGCUCGGCUUCAACACACAGGUGUUGGCGACAGGUGUGCGCGUGGCAACGAGUGCCCACACAGCAACUGGCAGCGAUGUGGCAAUUGCUUUGAUCAAAGAUGGCGACGGCUUCAAUGUGAAUGUCGAGUUGCCACGUGAGAAACUUGAGUUAAUCGACAUACAGGUAAAGUCUGAGUUCUAUGUAGCCGAACAGGAUAAGCCAAUCAAGCCGGUGGCAUUGAAAGUGGUCAAGAGCAAGCAGGCGUCGCCACCAACUGAAAACUGCCUGAAUCAAUUCAAUGAUUUGGGUCUGAGCCUGUGUAUCAAGUCGAGCACACCUUUCCUAACUGACAGCUCAUUGAUUGAUGAGCUAAAGUUGUCACGUGACUAUAGUCUGUCCGUUUACCUGACGGCCGAGCGUAAGUUCAAUGUGAAGGGCACACACUUGACACUGCCCACGGGUAGUCAGCAAUGGAAAUUGCAAUACAGCACACCUGAGUCAAAGGUUUCGCAUGAUACGAGCUUGGCGUUCGAGCUAGGUACUAAGCCAAAUAUCUACGGACGUCUCUCGCUCGACAAUUCGCAAUAUCAUUUGGCGAUUGAGGCGGGCUUCAAGAACAGCAAUCAAGAGCUUGUGAUCUAUGGCCAACACGAACAGAACAAAGAUAUUAAGAGAUCCAAAAUUGGCUUCAUCAAAAAUGGCAAUGAGUACAAGCCAGUGAUCGAGAUCGAAGACAAGAAUGGUCUCACCAACAACAUCAACGGCUAUCAUGCUGAUGGCAAGAUUGUCGUCCAGAAGACAGGCGAUGUGCUGUCGAGAUACAAUUUCCAAAACUUCCAAAUAUUGAAUCGCAACAAUGACCGUAUUCAGCUAAAUGGCUGGAUUGACCUUACACCCACCUCUCUGGAAUCGCAGCUUCGCAUAUCGCCGAAUCAGGAAACAUACUUGCUCGAGGCGAACUUCAAGUUAGAGAACAAUCAAUAUGCAUUGGGUGUAUUUGUGAACGAUGAGCGAAAACCGGAGAACAUCUACGGAACUUCAGCCCAAUUGAAAAUCGGCAAAGACAUUUACACACUGCAAUUGGUAGGCAAGGCUUUACAGUGGUCGGUAAAUAGCGAGACUGAGUGGGGCUUUGUGAAUGCAGCCAAUUCGAAUAAAUUGCGUUCGGCUAAAUUUAGCCAGAGUGUCAUUGUCCAGCAGAAGAACAAGCGCCUGGGCUCGUUAGAUGUCAAAACGAGAUUUGAUGAAAAUCAAUUUGAAUUCAAUGUGGUAGCCACGAGCGAGCAGAAGUUGGCAACAGUCGAUAUCAAGUAUGAGGCAAACCAACGUUCUGUGCACGACUAUGAAUUGUCAGCUAAGGCUAAGUAUAAUAAGCACACAAUUGAAAUCGUAUCUAGGUGCCAGAUGAAUAACAACCUGUUCAAUAUUGACAAUAGUCUGACGACCAGUUGGGGCACCUCGCUAACGGCCAAGGGUGACCUGGGUCAAAGGUAUUCGGCACAGGACAUCCACAUCGAUCUGCAGGGCACUGCACAAUUUACGGUUAAGGAGAAGCCUGUACAAUGGCUACUCAAGGUCUUGGGCACGCCUGAGAAAACAAAUAGUGAAUUGCGCAUCAGUCGCGACAGCUCUGAGCUACUGAAGUUGCUCAGCGAAUCACAGCAUCCACAAGACAAGAUCUCAGCAGCCAAAGUCAAUUUGAUAAUCAAGAACGUGCUGACAGCAAAAGCCGAUUUCAAAAUUGCCAAGAAUAACAAAGGAGAAUUUGUGGCCACAGUUGAAACACUGAAGACUGAGCCGAAGCACAAGCUGGAGAUCGACACAAGGUUCCAUAUCCAGCAGCCGAAAUACGACAUCGAUAGCAGCAUCACAUUAGAUGGCAGCAGAAAGAUCCAUCUGAAAACUGAAAAUAAUAUUGAAAAGCUGAAGUUUGCAACGAAAAACAUUCUCGAAUUUAACGAGAAGACAUAUUCGUUCGAUGCUAAUGGCGUCGUGAAGGGUGAAUGGCGUACGAAUGGCGAUGUACAGGGUACAUUCAAGCUGAUCACACCCGAAAAUCGUAUUGUCGAUGGCACUCUGAAUCGUCACCUGACAACGAAUCCCAGGACCCAAGUGCGACAAGGCAACCUUGAUGCUCAAAUCAAUGAACAGGAACCAGCUGGCGGCAAAAAACGAUCGAUCUCAUUCAAAGGCAAACUGGACCGAAUGAAUAUUAAGACGCAGGAGAUUUCGGUUAACAAUCAACUGAUCUACACGGACUUCAACGGACAAAAAACUGAACUCGUUGCACACGGCGAAUAUGUGUUGAAAGCCGCUAAGACUAAGGCUUUCGAUGUUGGAGUCAAAGUAGAAGGCCAUUUGAUUGAGAAACCCAUUGAUGUUGCAGUGGUCAUUGAUGAGCUGAGCGAUACGAAUUUAGUGGGACGCGUUUCGGGUAAAUAUGGCCAGAGUGUAACAGUUAAUCUGAAUGGCAAAUAUAGUGGUGCAGGUGAGUCAAAUACACCGGCCACAUAUGAAGUGCAUCUCAAUCUGCAAGCGACCGAAACUAAGUUCAAAAAUCUUCAACUCAGCAGCAACGGCAAAGUGGGUGCCGAAAUAGUUGAAUUUGUUUUGAGUACGAAAUCAGACAACGGCGAAUACACAAAGGUGAAUACGGUCUGGCAAGGCAAUGCCAAGCAAGGCACCUACACAUUCAAUGCCCAAAAUAACCUCCUGCAAGCACCUGUUAAAGUUUCUGGCAGCUACCAAAAUGAGAAGACCGGAAGCAUCCGAGACGGCGACGCCAAAGGAAAACAGAAGUUCACGAUCAAUGCCGAAUAUGGCGACAAGUACAUUAAGAGUGAUGCGGACGUUAACUUCGACGAUGCCAAUGCAGCUUCGCUGAGCUACAAGCUGGACACUAGCAAUGAGCAUUUGAAGAAUAUUGAGGUCGUAAUACAGCAUCAGAAGCCAGCCGAAAGCAGCCAUACACUCAGUAUACAGGUGAAGCAGGCCAGCAAGAGCUAUUCAUUCGACUCGAAAAUCUAUAGUUCCAGCCACAAGAAAGGACUCGACCUACGCGCUACCCUACCCGAUAGUCAGCCGAUUGUUCUAGUUGCAUUCAUAGAGAUUUUGGGCGAGCGUAAAGCAAAGCUAUCAUUGGAUAUACAGAAUCUGAUCGAGUUGGACUUGCAAUUGAAUAGCGAGGCAUCGUAUGUGAGUGUCGAUGAUUUCUAUAUUGUUGGCAAUUGGAAUUCAAAGAAAUUGCACCUGAACAACUACGACUUGGAUGUGAGGGCACAAGGUAAAAAUAUCAAGGUGCUGCUUAAGCAUGCACAAGGCGUUGAGUUCUCUAGCAGUGCUAGCUACAAUUUGAAAAAGGAGCACAAGAAAUCAAUUAUUGAGGGUCAGGGCCAGGUGCAAUACAAAGGUAAAACACACAAUGGCAAUUUCAAGCUUCAACGCCAACAAUACAAUCUCGACGAGGAUCAGGAAGUUGGCUUUGCUUACACUUUCAACGGUAACUUCGGACCAAAAAAUGGCGUCUCUACCAUCAAGUUGACGAACAAGGAAUUCAACACUAAGCUAUCCAUAUGUGAAGAGAAGAAACAAUGCACCAAUAUACAGUUGCAAUCGAGCGUUAAGAUCGUUGAGGACAAACUGCAGCAUGAUGUGCUGGUGCUAUUAGAUCUUCGCGAACUGGGCUAUCCCUAUGAACUGGAGCUGAAAUCGAAGAAUAUUCGCGAAAACCUUAACACUUUGUAUAAUCUCGAUGCUCGCAUCAUAUCCAGCAACAAUCUGAAAUAUCAGCUAACAGUCGCCGCUGACCCGACAGCAACGACCAUUCAAUUGACCUUGCCCAAACGGCAAAUUGUGUUUGAGACUAAGCAACAGAUACCUGAUCGCCAUCAACUCUUCGGGCGCUAUGAACAGUCGGCUGCAUUCUAUAUAGACAAGUUGCAGAGACCAAAUGAUGUGGCACGAGUCUCGGCGGUGCUAGAUGUGACAGGCGUUGAGCAGGUGUCCUUCAUUGGAAAAGGCCAGCUUAAGGUGGAGCAUCCCACAAUUCGUCCUUUGAGCAUUAGCGGCACAUUCGAUGCAAAUCGCAAUCAACGCGUACUAAGCAGUGAGCUCACAUUCGAUAUAUUCCGCUCACCUGAGCAAAAGAUAGUUGCAACUCAACUCAUUCGCAAUAGUCAGACGGAAAAAGGUUUCGAUUUGAGUUCGAAGCACGAAAUCAAGUCAACCGGACUGCGCUUCCAGUAUGAGUUGAACACGAAGUCAGCCCUCAAUUUGGAAACGAAGGAAUUUAGUGCCAGCAGCGAGCUGCAAAGCAGCACAGGUGAUCUGAAGGCAGAUGCGCAAAUCUUUGGCAACAAAGAGCGCUUUGAAUUCCAACUGAGUGCAUUGAACGAGCAAAUCGUUCGGCUAGUUGGUAACUUCGACUGGCAAAAGCGUACUGCUAAAAUCAAUUCGAAACUCCAGAUUUUCGGACAGAAAUCUGUUGAAUUCAGCGGAGAAUUGCAACCGACCUGGUCCAAGGCCACGCUGAAGCGACAAGAUCUAAUUGAUGCCAGUGCUGAGCUGAAGCUUGGCAAAGAACUUAAAUUCGAUGUCAUUGGCGCUGGCAAGCCCAUUUUGAAUGGACGCAUCGCUCUGGAUCCACCCAACUUCCUGCAAACCAGCUACAAAACAAAUGACGACGAUGUUAAAGCAUUUUUGAACUCUGUGGAAACAGAAAUCAAGAAAGAAACAGACGCAAUAACUGACAAUUUGAAAAAACGCUUUGAAAAGGUUCGUCAGGAUGUUGAGAGAAAUGGGAAAUUAGCUGCGGACAGUGCACCAGAUUUUGCAAAACUGAAAACCGGAUACGAGAGUCAGUUGAAGAAUAUAAUUAAGGAGCUCGAAAGCGAUCCCUCAUUGAAACCAAUCGUGGAAGCUGUACGAACCCUCUUCGAGAAGAUAAGCAACGCAAUAGAUGAAUUAACAAAGACGAUAUCGGAGAACUAUGCAAAAUUAAGCAAGACAUUCAAAGAAGUUUUAGAUAAAUUGAAUGAUCUGUGGGAGAACUCAUUGCUUAAGAUCUGGGAACAAUUGAUUGUAUCGCUGACAAAGGUGGCUGGACAACUGCGUAUCGAGCUAGUUAACAUCUAUACUAAUGUGGUCAAGGAGUUUGUCGCUUGGCUAGAGAAAUAUGGACCUGCACUGAAAAAUUAUGGCAAGGCAAUUAGUGACGCGCUGAAGCCACUGCAUGAAGCAGCGCAAGAGUUGAUCAAGGUGGUUCUACAUUCCGUUGAGGAGCUGCUUGAUGAGGUCAAGGAAUACGUUGCCAAAUUUCCGACAUUCGAGACGCUGCGCAACGAGCUGGGCAACAAAAUUAAGGAACUGAAACUUGUGGAGCGAACACUGGAGGUACUCAACAAUAUCUUUGAGCAACUGAAUAUCCUGCCCCAAACGCCGGAAAUCACUGAACUUCUGCAAAAGGUGCACAAAUUCCUGGAAGCGAAACUUAAACAGCAGCCCGUCGAUGACGACAAAUGGUUGAAUGAUAUAUCCAAACUGCUAUUGAGGGCUGUGCGUUCCGUGUUGGCUGCACUUAAAGGCAGUAAAUCUGUGGAGAGCGUUGCAUUCUUCGACGACUCCACUCUCAGCUGGUGGCCCUCAUCAUUAGACGGCUUUGCCAAAUUGCCAUUGUUGCUGUCGUUCCGAUCGAGCGUCAUCAACUUUUUGCUGAACGAAAAAUGGGAGAGUAUAUUCAAGAAGGACCUAUUCUCACAUUGGCUAUUCUUCCAUGACUUUGAACUACAUGGCCACAUUGUUGAUGGUCAGCAUGUAUUUAGUUUUGAUGGCCAGAGCUAUGCCUAUCCCGGCAAUUGCAAAUAUAUCUUUGCUCAGGACAGUGUUGACAAGAACUUCACGGUGAUUGGCCAGCUGAAUAACGGUAAGUUGAAGGCCAUUACGCUCAUUGAUCGCGAUGGCAAUUCCGUGGAAGUCAGCGAUAGUAUCGCGCUUAAAGUGAACGGAAAAGCUGUUGAAUAUCCGCAACACUUGCCCGGCAUUCAUACGUGGCGCCGCUUCUACACGGUGCAUAUACACUCAGAAUACGGUGUUACCGUCGUAUGUACAACUGACUUGAAGGUAUGCCACGUCAAUGUCAACGGAUUCUACACAAGCAAAACCCGCGGCCUUCUGGGCAACGCCAAUGCCGAGCCAUACGAUGAUUUGCUGCUAAUCGAUGGUACCCUCGCCAGCGACUCUGCUGCACUGGGCAACGAUUAUGCUGUUGGUAAAUGCAGUCCCAUAACAUUCGACAAGAGCCAGUUGGAAAGCCAGACUCAAAACGAAAUAUGCUCCGACAUCUUUAGCAUCGAUUCGCCAUUGGCGCUAUACUAUUUGACGUUGGACGCUCGUCCCUAUCGCAGCGCCUGCGAUGUUGCUGUGCGAAGUGUACCCGAGAAAGAUAGGGAAUCGGUGGCAUGCACCUUUGCCCUGGCCUAUGGCUCAGCAUUGAAGCUGCAAAACAAAUGGGUAUUAUUGCCGCCACGUUGCUUGAAAUGUACCGGUGCCGCAGGUCAACGUGAACUGGGCGAAGAGUUCAGCGUCAAAAUACCAUCGAACAAAGCCGACGUUGUCUUUGUGGUUGACAUCAAUGUGACGCCAACUGUGUUGGCUAAUUUGGUAGCUCCGGCAAUUACCGAUAUACGCGAAUCGCUAAAGACACGUGGAUUCACUGACGUUCAAAUUGGAGUCAUAGCUUUCGAUGAGACGAAACGUUAUCCUGCACUGCUAACCAGCGACAAUGGCAAAAUUAACUACAGAGGCAACGUAGCCAAUGUGCAACUGAAUGGACCAAAUAAUUUCUGUGAAAAUUGUGUGGAGCAAAUCAUAACCGAAAAGCGUAUAUUGGAGAUCUAUAAUAUGCUGGAGCGCUUCAUCAAGACCAUUGUGCCGCAAUCUGAUGAGAAAGCAUUCCACUUAGCCUUGGAUUAUCCAUUCCGCGCUGGGGCUGCCAAGAGCAUAAUUGGCGUUCGAAGCAAUUCGCUUGAGUACAAUAAUUGGUGGAAAUUCGUACGAGCACAAAUAACUGGAACUACGACCAAAUUCGAUGGAGCUCUUCUUCACUUAAUUGCGCCAAUCAAAGGCCUUGCUCUGGAAGGUGUGCCAGCUGAAAAGCUAGUUGGUUUUAAUGCUCGCCUGGUCGCUACGCUGGAUGGCAAGGACAAUAAGAAACGCUCGAAAUUGCAAUUCGAAAAUGAUAUGGGCAUUGAUUUCGUACUCAAUAAUGGAGGAUGGGCAUUCAACACCCAAAAUUUUGAUAAACUGAAGGCAGGUGAUCAAAAGAAAUUGCUUAACCAGGUAACAUCUUCUAUUGCGGACACACUCUUCAAAACGGAAACGAUCAGCGAAUGUCGCUGCCUGCCUGUACACGGCUUGCAUGGUCAGCACAAGUGCCAGAUUAAAUCGUCGACGUUUGUGCCCAACAAGAAACCGAAGGCCGCAUAAAGAACAAACCAUGACAUAACAAUAUUAUUUCUUAGCUGCAAUUUCCUCUAAUUGUAAACAAAAAUGGAACAAUACCAAUUUCUUAAAUAAGUUAUUAAACAUGCUUAUUUUAAAUAAAA